UUCCCCCGGCUUUUCCUGCAGGGCACCCGGGUGUGGAUCCCUGACUGCCUGGACGUCUGGAAAUCUGCAGAACUAACCAGGGGCUACGAGGAAGGAGACAGCUUCCUCCAUCUCCGCCUGGAAGAUGGCUCGGAAUCGACCUUCCCCCUCGACCCCCGGUGCCCCCAGCUGCCCUUCCUGCGCAACCCCGACUACCUGUCAAGAGAGAACGACCUGGUGGCGCUGAGCUACCUCCACGAGCCGGCCGUGCUGCACACGCUCCGGACUCGCUUCCUGGAGACCAACACCAUCUACACCUACUGCGGUAUCAUCCUCGUCGCCAUCAACCCUUACAAGCAGCUGCCCAUCUACGAGGAGCUGGUUAUCUACGCCUACAGUGGCCAGAACAUGGGUGACAUAGACCCCCACAUCUUCGCUGUGGCCGAGGACGCGUACAAGCAGAUGUGCAGGAACAACGAGAACCAGUCGCUGAUCAUCAGCGGCGAGUCGGGUGCUGGCAAGACGGCGUCGGCCAAAUAUGCCAUGCGGUACUUUGCCCUGGUCGGGGGAUCCCUGGGUGACUCCAGCAUGGAGGAGAAGGUGCUGGCCUCGAGCCCCAUCAUGGAGGCUUUUGGAAAUGCCAAGACCACCAGGAAUGACAACAGCAGCCGCUUUGGGAAAUACGUGGAAAUCUGCUUCAGCCACGAGUAUCGCAUCGUCGGGGCCGCCAUGAAAACCUACCUGCUGGAGAAAUCCCGCCUCACCUUCCAGGCGAAAGCCGAGAGGAACUACCACAUCUUCUACCAGCUGUGCGCGUCGGCCGCGCUGCCGGAGUUCCAAGGCUUGGGCCUCGGUGGGGCUGAAUCCUUCCAUUACACCAACCAGGGGCAGUGCACGCACCUUGAGGCGACGGAUGAUGCCGCUGACCUGGAGAGCACACGAAACGCCUUCUCGCUGCUGGGGGUCCAUGAGUCAAGCCAGCUGGAACUGUUCAGCCUCCUGGCCUCUAUCCUGCACCUGGGCAACAUCCGGCUCCGAGCGAAGGACCGGCACGGGGAGAGCUGCUUCGUUGAGCCAGGCGACAAAGCCCUGGGCCUGUUCUGCGCACUGCUGGGCGUGGAGAAGUCCCAGGUCUCGCGCUGGCUCUGCUACCGCAAGCUGGUCACGGCCAGCGAGACCUACGUGAAGCCCAUGUCCAGGCAGCAGGCCCUGAACUCCCGCGAUGCCCUGGCCAAGCACAUCUAUGGGCAGCUCUUCAAGUGGAUCGUGGGCAGGAUCAACAAAGCCCUGCGGGCAUCCUGCAGGCAGCAGGCCUCCAUCGGCAUCCUGGACAUCUACGGGUUCGAGAUGUUCACAGUCAACAGCUUCGAGCAGUUCUGCAUCAACUACGCCAACGAGAAGCUGCAGCAGCACUUCAACCUGCACGUCUUUAAGCUGGAGCAGGAGGAAUACAUGAAGGAGGAGAUCCCCUGGACCUUCAUCGACUUCUACGACAACCAGCCUUGCAUCAACCUCAUCGAGGCCAAGCUGGGCAUUCUGGACCUGCUGAAUGAGGAGUGCAAGAUGCCCAAGGGCAGCGACGCGAGCUGGGCUCAGAAGCUCUACGACAAGCACCUUCCCCACAGCUCCCACUUCCAGAAGCCCAAGAUGUCCACAGAGGCCUUCAUUGUCCGCCACUUCGCGGGCAAGGUGGAGUAUCAGUGCAGCGGGUUCCUGGCGAAGAACCAAGACACUGUCCAUGCAGAGCUGAUCGGGCUCCUCCGAGCCAGCAAGUCUGCGCUGCUCGCCGAGCUCUUCCCAGAGGAGGGGGAUGGCAGCAUCGCCCCGCACGGCUCCAGGGUGCCCAUCCGCCCCGGCAGGAGGUCUCUGCCAGCUACAGACAAGGAGCACAAGAAACCCAUCUCCACCCAGUUCAAAGCGUCGCUGCACAAGCUCAUGGAGACCCUGAGCAGCACCGCGCCCCACUACGUGCGCUGCAUCAAUCCCAACGACCACAAGCAGCCCUUCGAGUUUGAUGCCAAGCGAGCAGUCGAGCAGCUGAGAGCCUGUGGGGUCCUGGAAACCAUUCAGAUCAGCGCCUCCGGCUACCCAUCCAGGUGGACGUACGUGGAGUUCUUUAGCAGGUGCAGGGCUCUGAUGCGCCCAGAGGAGCUGAUGGGCGGUGAUGAGAGGCAGACCUGCCGGCUUGUCCUUGAGAGGCUGCUGAAGGACCCUAGCAAAUACCAGUGCGGGAAGAGCAAGAUCUUCUUCCGUGCUGGCCAGGUGGCCUUCCUGGAGGAGCUGCGUGUCAAGAGGCUGAGAGCAGCCUGUGUCGUCCUUCAGAAGAGCGUUCGCUGCUGGUUGGCGAGGAAACACUUCUUGCGUAUGCGAACUGCAGCCGUCUGCCUCCAGCGCUUUUCCCGGGGCUUCCUGGCCCGGAGGCUCGCCAGGCACCUGAGGAUGAGCAACGCCGCUCUCAUCCUGCAGAACUUCUUCAAGAUGGCCCUGGCCAGGCGCUCGUACCUCCGCACCCAGGCAGCAGUGGUCACCAUCCAGGCCUUUGCCCGCGGCAUGUUCGCCAGGCGCCUGCACCGCCAGAUGGUGGCAAGCCAGAAAGCUGUGGUGAUCCAGAGCGCGGUGAGGGGCUGGCUGGCUCGCACCAAGUACCUUCGGGUGCGCAGGGCGGUGGUCUAUCUGCAGUGCUGCUACCGGCGCAUGCGGGCUCGCAGGGAGCUGAGGCGGCUCCGGAUCGAGGCCAAGUCGGUGGAGCACUACAAACAGCUCAACAAAGGCAUGGAGAUCAAAGUGAUGCAGCUGCAGUGCAAAGUGGAUGAGCAGGCCAGGAAGAUCUGGAGUCUCUCGGAGCAGCUGUCGGCACUGAGAGCCUCCCGCAGCGAGGAGGUGAAGCGGCUGUGCAGUGAGCUGCGGGGGCUGCGGGAGGACAAAGCGCAGGAGAAGCGCAUCCGGGAGCUGCAGGAGCAGCUGCAGCGCGUGGAGUCGGAGAAGAGCAGCUCGGAAGGCCGGCUGGGCCAGGAGAUGGAGGAGCUGAAACAGCGCCUGACUGAGCUGGAAGCCAUGAAAUCCAAUCUGAAGGAAGAGAAGGACGCUCUCAACCAGCGGAUCAUGGAGCAGUCGCAGGAGCUGGAAGACCAGCUGCGCCGGCGCGCGGCGGAGAGCCAGGAGCUGCUGUGCCAGCUGGAGGGGGAGAGGGCUCGCUACCAGAACCUGGUGAAGGAGUGCGCCCGCCUGGAGCAGUGCUGCGAGAACCUGCAGGAUGAGGUGGCCUUCCACAAGCAAACCCCCAGCCUCCAGAAGUCCCCUUCAUCUGACAGCAUCCUGGACUCCGAAUGCAGCUACCUAUUGUCUCUGUCGACAGCCCCGUCCCGGGAUGAUGCCGACCCGCAGAGCGAGCAGAACAUUGCGGAGAUCCUGGGGUUGAACAGGAGCCCGGAGAAGAUGGUGGAGGAAGACUCCAUGAUAGAGGAAGACUUGAAAUAUGCGUAUGAUGCUGUCCGGGUCUCCAAUAAGCUACUCAAGAGCCAGCUGCAGGAGCAGCAGCAGGAGCUGGAAGGUCUCCGCCUGGACGUCUGCUCCCUGAAGCAGCUGAGCAAGCAGCAGCAGAGCCUGAUCCAGGACCUGCAACUGCAGCAGGAGGAGGGCAGGCUCCAGCACCAGAUCGUCCAGCUGAAGAGAGAGAACCUGGAUCUGAAGGGUCAGCUGGAGAUGCAGGAGAAGAACAUGCUCAAGCUUCAGAAGCAGCUGAAAACCUCCAUGAAGCAAAUCCAGGAUCUCACAGCAAGCGGAGAGGCCCGGUUGCUGGAGCAGACGGUGGAAGAGAUGGAAAGGCCCUUCGAUGUCCCGUGCCCAGCGGGGGCAUUCGGGGGCAUGCUGGGGUGCAAAGCAGAGGAUGAAGGGCGCCACAUCAGGACCAUCAUCACAGAUUUCAAACCGCAGCACAGCCCCGGCGCCCUCCCCACACUGCCGGCCUACGUCCUGUUCAUGUGCUUCCGGUACGCGGACUCCGGCCACGACGAGCACGGGAUCCGCUCGCUCUUCGCCGCCGUCGUCAGCGGCAUCAAGCAGGUGGUGAAGAAGCACAGCGAGGACUUCGGCGUGGUGGCGCUCUGGCUCGCCAACACCUGCUGCCUCACCAACUGCCUGAGACAGUACGGCGGGGACCAGAGCUACCGGCUGGCCAACACCCCCAAGCAGAACCAGCACUGCCUAAAGAACUUCGACCUUGCCAGCCACUGCCAGAGCCUGGUCGCCGCCAUGCUGGAGAGCGAGACCAUGCAGGGCCUGUCGUCGCCCAGAUCCCCCAGUUACCGCAAGCAGCCGGCAGCUCCCGCCUACAGGCUGGACUCGCUCCUCCAGCAGCUCAGUUCCUUCCACGAGGCGCUGGGGAGGCACCAGCUGGAGCCCGUGGUCGUGGGCCAGGCCUUCCGGCAGCUCCUCUUCACUGUCAGCAGCGUGGCCCUCAACUACCUGCUCCUGAGGAGGGACGCCUGUUACUGGAGCCAGGGCCUCCUGCUCAGCUGCAAUGUGAGUCAGCUGGAGGAGUGGCUGCGGGCCAAGGGCCUCCAGCAGAGCGGCGCCAGGGAGGUCCUGCAGCCCCUCAUCCAGGCCGCCCAGCUGCUGCAGGUGACGAAGACGACGCAGGAAGAGGCUGAGGCCAUCUGCUGCCUGUGCACGGCGCUGACCACUCUGCAGGUGACCGGCUGCUCCAGGAGCUCGGGGGUGAUGGGCCACGGGCCUGGGCUCCGCCACCCUGGAGGGAUCAAAGCUCCCCAAAGGAGGGGGUGGUGCUGGGGGAGGCCGUGUGCAUUUGGGUAA